CUGUCAUGUAAACAUACACAAUUUUUUACGUUAGCAACCGCAGCUGCAGGGAAUGAGCACUUUUCGUAAUUCAGCUCAAACGAAAAACGCGUAAACACGGUAAAAAUGAACGGACAUGACGAAGAAGAGGACAGUGGUCCUUCUGUGGAUUCCACAGAUCCAGAGGAGCGUAUUGCUGCCCGAAGGAUUCGCAUUUCAAAGCGAGUAGAGAUGGCAAGAAGGGAAGCCCUGGGAGAAGAUCCCAGCUCUUUGAAGAAAGAAGAUAAGGAAGAACAAAGCAAGAGCAAACGGCAGAUAGAAGACAGCAGACAGCGCCUGACUAAACUUGAAUCAGAUGGGUCAGAGCUUGUGACUAACGUGCGAGUUGCAGCCGAUGCCAGGGAGGCCCACAGACGGACUGAGGAAGAAGAAAUCCAGAGACAGAGGAAUGAGAAGCUGGAAGCAGAAGCCAAAGCAGGCAUGGAGCGCUUUGACGAGAUCACCAAAAAGUGGGAGCAGGCUAACAGUAGGGACCUACCCAUGGAACUACACGACCUGCUGAAACAACAGAAGUCACUGUCGGAGGCCAUGAUUGAUGAGAAGAACAAACUCAUCAAUGACUUCCAGAUGGAGCUUAAGAGUAAAGAUGACCAGUAUGUGAAGGAUUUGAAGAAGCAAGCCGAGGAUAUCGAUCUGAUGAUUGACCGAAUGGAAGAACAGGUGAAGAACCUGACCAAAGCCUACCGAGAUGAACUCACCCAGAUUGAGAAAUCCUUUGAGACGGAGCGUGGCGAGCUGCUGGACAAUAGCCGUCGCAAGUGGGAGCAGGCACUGACGGGGCGGGGCGAGCAAGAGCUGGAGUACAUGAGACAGCGGGAGCGGCGGGUGGAGGAGUACGACAAGCAACUGCAGCACCUGCGCAUCCAGGAUGCCGACGAGUACAACAUGGUGAAGAUCAAGCUGGAGACAGACGUACAGGUUUUAGAGCAGCAACUUCAGCAGAUGAAAGCGACAUACCAGCUGAACCAGGAAAAACUGGAGUACAACUUCCAGGUCCUCAAGAAACGCGACGAGGAAAACACCAUCACCAAAUCCCAGCAGAAACGCAAGAUCACAAGACUCCAGGAUGUUAUGAACAAUCUGAAAGUCAAGCUGUCCAAGCAGGAGAAGCAAUAUCGGGAGGAGAAUCAGGGUCUAGCCGAUGACUACAAACGCAUCACGGAACAGUUCAAGGAACUCCAGAAAAAAUCCAAGCACUUCCAGGCAACUGACACCAGAAAGUUCCAUGACAUAUGGUGCAUGAACGAGGAGGAAGUCAAGGAACUAGCCAGCAGGUGUCUAGAGCAGGACCGCAUCAUAACCCAACAGCAGCUCGGCAUGUCAUGGAAGACACCCCAAGAUACAUGGUUCAUGGACAACGUGGGACCCAUCCGCAGCCAGAAGAGCCAACAAGAGGCCAAAGCCACCUCGGCACACGAUGUCCUCAGAGAGGUCAUGUCCACGGAGACCAGCGUCCAGGGGGAUGAGGAGACAGUGGUGGAUUCGCAGCCAGAUGGUCCUCAGUCAGGCGAGGACGGCAGGGCCCCUGUUGAGGAGGAGGGAGAGAAGACAAAAAUCUCAGUGAAGACAAUCAAGAGGGUGCUGGAGCUGCUGUGUGAUGAAUCGGGUUUCCUUGUAGAGUCCAAGCUGAACACCCUUCUUGCGCCACUGGAGAAAGACGAGAGAAAUCUCAUGAAGCUGGACGCCAUCUUUGGGGCUCUGGGCGUUGAGACAGAGGAGGACGUCCAUAAGCUAGCCAACUUCUUCAUCAAGUAUCAGACGCUGGCGGAAGCGCCGGCAGGCGAAGGCCAAACGGCAGAGGAGAAAGCUGUCGAUGCUCCCUUCACUGUGGAUACUGAAAAACAGGCAGUGACUGAUGAUGGUGAUACUGACGCCCAGGCCCUGUCACACCACACAGCAUCACAGGUAGCCCAACCCUCGACGACUGAGGCGGGGCAGGCCCCCGAGGGGGCGGAGGAUAUUGAACAGGAUGAGUUUGAAGAGGGAGAGAAUGCUGAGAUCCUGGAGGUGACAGGAGGGCAAGAGGAAACGGCCGGCUCCAUCCGAUCGGUCCGCUCUGAUGCUCCUGAGCUGAUCCAUCCAAACGACGUGGCAAAGGCACUGAGGGAGUUUGUCAACCAACACAGCAAGCCGACAAAAGAAAAGGUCAAAUUCCAGACAUUCCGCAUCAUAUCUGGGGAGGAGCGAGACGACAGUGAGGAUGCAGCUUAUUGGGCUAGUUUCCCGUCAGUUCUGUCUGAGAAACAGGAGAAAGUAUGGAAAGCCCUGCUGGAUGGCCUGGAAAAAUACAGUGAUGUUCUCAACCAGCGUGCCAAGCUGAUCACCGAGACGGAUUCUCUACGUCAACAGAACGCAGAGCUGCGCAUGCUCCUCCACCAGUACAUCAAUUCGAAGGUCAACCAAGAACUGGAGAUCCCUCCCACGAAAGUCCUUAACCUGGAUGUCCCGCAGUAGUGAGUCAACGAUGAAAUAUCCCCGUUCUCCUGUGGUGAUGCCUACUCAAAUAUGAUGGGAUAUAUUUUUUCCCCUGAAAUCGUCUUAAAAGCAUGGGGCCAACCAUCCCAGUUCCAUGAUUGCAUUUUGCAUUAAGAGACUCUCGGAUCCAACUGCUGGAAAAUCCUGUUCUGGAAAUGUUUCAUUAGGAACAGGGAACCUCACUUCAAGUGGGAACCAUCCUUGUUUCGGACACGUUCUCGGCUAUGCUAUACGGAAAAGCCAAUGUGUUGUGUUCACAUAAAAACAUUCCAUUAAGGAAUUCAAAUUAGUGUUCCCAGUUUACUCCAGUCUGAACAUUAUGCUAGAUUGAAGGUUCGCCACGAGAGACACUAAAACUUUUCAAAACUUGUGUGCACUUGGUCGUUGGCAUAAGAGUUAAUGGUGCACCGAUCUUGUUCUAGGCCUUGGGUUUUUGCACAGGUCUAAGUGCAGUGCCUGCUGUGUCUAUUGGAUUAUCUGGUGCCCUUGCACGGUUGUGCACAAAGCAUUGAAAGAACAUAUUCAUUGCAUGUUCCAAUGACACAUACGUGUGGAACAGGUUCUGCUGGGGCACAAUGUAAAGGUGCAAGUCAAAAAGACUACAGCCAAUGUGACUUCAGGAAACAUUCAUUUUCCUGGGGAAAAAAACUCCAGUAGCAAUAUGCAAACAUAUUUACCUUUUGAAGCUUCCCAAACAUCAAUCCUUCACCCAGUAUCAGUCACUAUAUCACUCUUUCCUGAGGGACUAGGGAGAAUCUUUCUGUAUUUUUUUCCAAGUCCUUGUUUGGACUGCUGUGUAUGAUAUGUUUCACCGAUAAAGAAAAUCUAACCCCAUCUAUUUUUUUAAUCUUCUAAUACAAGUAAUUCUAAAGAUCCCUUCCUGUUUUGAAACGGUGUGUACAAAUGUACAUUGUAUUGAAGAGUUUUGACUGAAUAAAGUCUGUAUGAUUUGGAAAACCAGAAAA